GGAAGGAGGCCGAGCUUGUCCCCAGCUCGCGCACCGGGGCCCGCCCCUCGCACCUGCGGGCGAGCUGGGCGGGGCCGGGGCGGGGCCGCGCUGUCUCCGCCCACCCGUCCCGAGCUCCGGGAGCUCCGGCGGAACCGAGCAGCGAGGCCCCAACGGCCAGGAGCGCGGCGAGGCGAGGCGCGGCGCAGACAAUGGGAGCGGCAUUGGCGACGGCCGCGGAGCUCCGGGCCUGGCUGGGACCGGAGGCCGCGCCAUGAGCCCCGCAGCCGGACGCCCCGCUGCGCCGUGCGCAGGCCGAGGCGAGCGGCCUCUGCGAGCCCUGGGCCGCGCCCUGGGGCUGGCGAUGAGCUGCCGAGGCUGAGGAUGAUGGUAGAUUGCCAGAGCUCCACGCAGGAGAUUGGGGAGGAGCUGAUCAACGGGGUCAUCUACUCCAUCUCCCUGCGCAAGGUUCAGCUACACCAAGGAGCCACCAAGGGCCAGCGCUGGCUAGGGUGUGAGAAUGAGUCGGCUCUGAACCUCUAUGAGACCUGCAAGGUGCGCACGGUGAAGGCUGGUACUCUGGAGAAGCUGGUGGAGCACCUGGUGCCUGCCUUCCAGGGCAGUGACCUUUCCUACGUCACUGUCUUCCUGUGUACCUACAGAGCCUUCACCACUACUCAGCAGGUACUAGACCUGCUGUUCAAAAGCAGGUACGGUAGAUGUGACGCCCUCACGGCCUCCUCUAGAUAUGGCUGCAUCCUCCCCUACUCCAGUGAGGACGGUGGACCGCAGGACCAACUCAAAAAUGCCAUCUCCUCCAUCCUGGGCACCUGGCUGGACCAAUACUCAGAGGAUUUCUGUCAACCUCCGGACUUUCCCUGCCUCAAGCAGCUGGUGGCUUAUGUGCAGCUCAACAUGCCUGGCUCAGACCUGGAGCGCCGCGCUCACCUUCUCCUGGCUCAGCUGGAGGACCUGGAGCCCAGUGAGGUUGAGCCUGAGGCCCUGUCCCCAGCUCCAGUGUUGUCUCUGAAACCAGCUUCACAGAUGGAACCAGCCCCUGCCCUGCUUCUGACGCCUAGCCGAGCGGUGACAUCAACUCCAGUAAGAGAGGCAGCCACAGCUCUAGUGCCAGUGCUGACAUCCAGCCCGGUGGUGGCGCCAGCUUCUGUGCUAGAACCAGCUCCAGAGCCGCCUCUAGAGCCUGAGCCAUCCCUAGCACUUGCUCCGGAGCUGGACCCCGCUGUCUCACAGAGCCUCGAACUCGAGUCAGCUCCUGUGCCCACUCCUGCCUUAGAGCCUUCCUGGCCUCUGCCUGAAGCCACUGAGAAUGGACUAGAAGAGAAGCCUCACCUCCUGCUGUUUCCUCCUGACUUGGUGGCUGAGCAGUUUACACUGAUGGACGCAGAACUAUUCAAGAGAGUCGUGCCCUACCACUGCCUGGGCUCCAUCUGGUCCCAGCGGGACAAGAAGGGCAAGGAACACCUCGCGCCUACCAUCCGUGCCACUGUCACCCAGUUCAACAAUGUGGCCAACUGUGUCAUUACUACCUGCCUUGGGGACCAGAGCAUGAAGGCUCCGGACAGGGCCCGGGUGGUGGAACACUGGAUCGAGGUGGCCAGGGAGUGCAGAGUGCUCAAGAAUUUCUCCUCCCUCUACGCCAUCCUCUCUGCCCUACAGAGCAAUGCCAUCCACCGCCUAAAGAAGACGUGGGAAGAGGUCUCCAGGGACAGCUUUCGAGUGUUCCAGAAACUGUCGGAGAUUUUCUCUGAUGAGAACAACUACUCCCUGAGCAGAGAACUGCUCAUCAAGGAAGGAACCUCCAAGUUUGCCACACUGGAGAUGAACCCUAGGAGAGCGCAGAGGCGGCCAAAGGAGACAGGUGUCAUCCAGGGCACUGUUCCCUACCUGGGCACAUUCCUCACUGACCUGGUGAUGCUGGACACUGCCAUGAAGGACUAUCUAUAUGGGAGACUGAUCAACUUUGAAAAGAGAAGGAAGGAGUUUGAAGUCAUUGCCCAGAUCAAGUUGCUACAGUCGGCCUGCAACAACUACAGCAUUGCUCCUGAGGAGCACUUUGGAGCCUGGUUCCGAGCCAUGGAACGACUCAGUGAGGCUGAGAGCUACAAUCUGUCGUGUGAGCUGGAGCCCCCGUCUGAGUCAGCCAGCAACACCCUGAGGAGCAAGAAAAGCACAGCCAUUGUCAAGCGCUGGAGCGACCGCCAGACUCCCAGCAUGGAGCUAAGCACCAGUAGCAGUGCCCACUCCAAGUCCUGUGACCAGCUCCGGUGCAGCCCCUACCUGGGCAGUGGUGAUAUCACCGACGCGCUCAGUGUUCACUCAGCUGGUUCUUCCAGUUCUGAUGUGGAGGAGAUCAAUAUGAGCUUUGUCCCAGAGUCUCCUGAUGGCCAGGAAAAGAAGUUCUGGGAGUCAGCCUCCCAGUCGUCCCCAGAGACCUCUGGCAUCAGCUCCGCCUCCAGCAGCACCUCCUCUUCAUCAGCCUCUACCACGCCCGUGUCUACCACACGUACCCACAAGCGCUCCGUCUCAGGGGUCUGCAGCUACAGCUCCUCACUGCCUCUCUACAACCAGCAGGUGGGCGACUGCUGCAUCAUCAGGGUCAGCCUGGAUGUGGACAACGGCAACAUGUACAAGAGCAUCCUGGUGACCAGCCAGGAUAAGGCUCCGACUGUCAUCCGAAAAGCCAUGGACAAACACAACCUAGAUGAGGACGAGCCAGAGGACUAUGAGCUGGUGCAGAUCAUCUCAGAGGAUCACAAGCUGAAGAUUCCAGAAAACGCCAAUGUGUUCUAUGCCAUGAACUCUACUGCCAACUAUGACUUUAUCCUCAAGAAGCGGACCUUCACUAAGGGGGCCAAAGUCAAGCCUGGGGCCAGCUCCACCCUCCCCCGUAUGAAGCAGAAGGGACUCAGGAUCGCCAAAGGCAUCUUCUAAGGACUAAGGACGUCCCCCAGGGGCUGGCUGGCUGGCUGGUUGGAGACUAAGCACUUACAGACUAGAGUGGCCCAGGUCACACAGGUACCUCUGCCCACCUGCCAGCCCAGGCUAUACCCAGACUCCACUUUGACCCUGAACCUCUCCUGCUGCCGGGAUUGACACCUGCCACCUGACAGGCUGACCUGGCCUCCGGGGACCACUUGCCGCCUUAGGUGCCUUCUGCUCUCUGGAACCAGAGGACUAGCUGACUUUUGCCAAGGAGUGCUGCCAACUGGGCAUGGGACCUUACCUGCCCUGGACACUAUCCACCACACUUUCCUGACACCUCCCCAGGUGCAGAUCACUGCCACCCAUGCUCCUGGAUGCUCCAGGACACCCACACACCCAGCAGGGCUGCCGACUGCAUUCUCUCCUUGUGCCCACAGGCACUGGCCUGGGACCUUCGUGGAGGUCCUAGCCUUUCCUCCCACACUCUAGCCUUUCUCAGGCUGCACCAAAGAUUCCACCUUCAGGGGCUACAGAGUCAGGGAGUCUUGCCCACCAGGAGCACAAGCCCUCCUUUGGAUCAGAGAGAGAAGCCCUCUCAUGGACUGCCCGGUUGGUAUUGAAUCCCAUACCACUGAAAGUGCCAUUCACCACCACUGCAUCCCGGGUUGUACAAGACUACACACAAUGGGAGGUUUGUGGGGAGGAGGAAGACAACUGAACAUUUGUAUAAAACGUAAAAAGUUUACUGAUUGGGGUGGGGCAAUAUUUAUUUGUUGUAAAUAGAAAAUGCUAGACUUGAAUAUUAUAUUAAAAUCCUGUUUCUACUA